AUGAAGCUAGCAAAAUAAGACAAGGAACACCAACCAAUGCCAGCGGCGGCGCUGCCGCGCGGCGUCCAGGCGGUGCUGGUCACCUCCGGCCAACUCCGCAACCUCGACCCGCAGCUCCAGGUGCCCCCGCUCCUCCUCGCCAACACCCUCAUCGCCGCCUUCUCCCGCGCCGCGCUCCCUCGCCUCGCCUUCCCGCUCCUCCGCCACCUCCUGCGCCGCGCCCGCCCCUUCCGCCCCGACGCCUUCACCUUCCCGCCGCUCAUCCGCGCGGCCCCGGCCCACGCCUCCGCGGCGCAGCUCCACGCCUGCGCGCUCCGGCUCGGCCUCCUCCGCCCCUGCGUCUUCGCGUCGGGCUCCCUCGUGCACGCCUACCUCCGCUUCGGCCGCGUGGAGGAGGCCAGCACGGUGUUCGACGAAAUGCCCCUGCGGGACCUGCCGGCCUGGAACGCGAUGCUGUCCGGGCUGUGCCGCAACGACCGCGCCGCCGAGGCCGUGCGCCUGUUCAGGCGGAUGGCGGGGGAGGGCGUUGCUGGCGACGCGGUGACGGUCUCAAGCGUGCUGCCCAUGUGCGCGCUGCUGGGGGACUGGGUGCUUGCGCUGGUCAUGCACGUGUACGCGGUGAAGCACGGGCUGGACAAGGAGCUGUUCGUGUGCAAUGCGAUGGUCGAUGUGUAUGGAAAGCUUGGGAUGCUGGAGGAGGCUCGGCGGGUGUUUGAUGGAAUGGAGCGCCGCGAUCUGGUGACGUGGAAUUCGAUCAUCUCAGGGUAUGAGCAGGGUGGGCAGGUUGCCGCUGCGGUCAAGAUGUUUCGUGGUAUGAGGGACAGUGGGGUUUCCCCUGACGUGCUGACGCUUGUGAGCCUGGCGUCUGCUGUCGCACAGUGUGGAGAUGACCGCGGUGGGAAGUCAGUGCACUGUUAUGUGAUGCGGCGGGGGUGGGAUCUGGGUGACAUAAUUGCAGGGAAUGCUGUGGUUGAUAUGUAUGCCAAGCUAUCAAAGAUUGAGGCCGCCCAGAGGAUGUUUGACACCAUGCCAGUUCGAGAUCCUGUGUCUUGGAAUACUUUGAUCACGGGGUAUAUGCAGAAUGGACUUGCAAACGAGGCAAUCGAGGCAUAUGGUCAUAUGCAGAAGCAUGAGGGUCUGAAGCCUAUUCAAGGGACAAUUGUCAGUGUUUUGCCUGCAUACUCACAACUUGGUGCCUUGCAGCAGGGCAUGCGGAUGCAUGCUCUGUCUGUUAAGACUGGAUUCAAUCUGGAUGUUUAUGUUGGAACUUGUAUGGUAGACUUGUAUGCUAAAUGCGGGAAGCUGACGGAUGCAAUGCUUUUCUUUGAAAAAAUGCCUAAAAGGAGUAGGAGUACAGGUCCCUGGAAUGCCAUCAUGGCUGGCCUUGGAGUUCAUGGGCAUGCCGCAGAGGCUCUCAGUGUCUUCUCACGAAUGCAGCAGGAAGGAGUUAAUCCUGAUCAUGUCACAUUUGUUUCUCUGUUGGCUGCCUGUAGUCAUGCUGGCUUAGUUGACCAAGGCCGGAGUUUCUUUGAUAUGAUGCGUAUAACAUACGGCAUUAUCCCCCUUGCAAAACAUUAUGCAUGCAUGGUAGAUAUGCUUGGCAGAGCUGGUCAGCUACAGGAAGCUUUUGAUUUCAUACACAACAUGCCAAUUAAACCUGAUUCUGCUGUUUGGGGAGCUCUUCUGGGUGCUUGCAGGAUUCAUGGAGAUGUUGAAAUGGGCAAAGUGGCUUCGCAAAACCUAUUUGAACUUGAUCCAGAGAAUGUUGGAUAUUAUGUUCUAAUGUCGAACAUGUAUGCAAAGGUUGGGAAAUGGGAUGGAGUUGACGAAGUGAGGUCUUUGGUCAGACACCAAAAUUUGCAGAAAACCCCUGGAUGGAGUUCAAUAGAGGUGAAAAGAUCAGUGAAUGUAUUUUACAGUGGCAACCAGACAGAACCCCACCCUCAACAUGAAGAGAUCCAGGCAGAGCUGCAGAAUCUGUUGGCCAAGAUGAGAAGUAUAGGUUAUGUUCCUGACUACAGUUUUGUCCUACAGGAUGUAGAGGAGGAUGAAAAGCAACACAUCUUGAAUAAUCAUAGUGAGAGAUUAGCUAUUGCCUUUGGCAUCAUAAAUACCCCUUCAAGAACUCCGCUCCAUAUAUACAAGAAUUUGCGCGUGUGUGGGGAUUGCCACAAUGCCACCAAAUAUAUAUCAAAAAUAACUGAGAGAGAGAUCAUAGUCCGGGAUUCAAAUCGGUUCCACCACUUUAAACAUGGCCAUUGUUCUUGUGGGGAUUUUUGGUAAAAUGCAAUACAAUAUUUUUAGUCUACCCAAUUUUGCUUGGGAUAAAA